UAUAAAUAAUACAUAGAACACUAUGGGGGAGACGCUGCAGAAGAGCCCCUAGGGCACAGAGGGACUCAACCUGACAGGGCCUAAGUACUGUACGGGACUAUAUCCUGUACUGGGACAUCACAGGUUACUAUGGGCAACUGCACCACACGUCAAGAUGGACCCCGCUGCUCCCGCCACCCGGAUGACCUCGUCAUUCACCAUCAACAUUUCUACCCCGUCUUUUUACAACCAGCCCAAAAAGUUUGCCCCGGUGGUGCCCCCCAAACCUAAGGUCAACCCUUUUAAAGCAGCCGAAGAAGGAGAUCCCAAGAAUAAUUCGGUCGGCUCCCAGGAUAAUGCCAGCGCCCCGGGCGUACGUGCCUUUUUGGGGAAAGUUGGAGAGUUCCCGUCCUUAACGCCCCCUGGUGGUGAGCAAGAGGAAUUCAUCCUGCCACCUCCUCCACCCAAUGAUGACUCUGUCAUGAGCCCCACCAUGUCUUUCCCACCUCCUCCACCCUCUUUUGGGGAUGACAUCCUUGGCUCCCCCACCUCCAGCUUCCCUCCACCUCCACCACCUGAAUUUGCCGAGCCGUUUCCACCUCCUAUUGAAGAGUCCUUCCCUUCACCACCUCCCUUUGAGGAUUCCAUCCAGGUUACACCACCACCACCACCACCACCACCUCCACAAGUUCCUCCCGUGUCUACACCAAAACCUCCUGCCCCAUCUUCCUUUUCUUCUAAGCCAACUGUGCCUUCAGUAUUGGCCCCAAAAACCCCACCAACCACAUUUACCCCUAAGUCUGUUGCCCCUCCUUCAGUCAGCCCUAAACCUAACAAUCCUAUCCCAGUUGCUCCCAAACCUGCAGCUCCAGUGGCUGUGUCACCUAAACCUCCUAUUGCAUUUAUUCCAAAGGUUUCUGCCCCCUACAAUUAUUCCCCCUCACAGCCUUCUUCUAACCCACCAUCUACUGCUUCCUUUACCCCUAAGCCGGUGAGUGCACCCACCUUCUCCCCAAAACCUGCUCCACCUCACACAUUCACCCCCAAACCUUCUGCCCCACACACGUUUACCCCCAAACAAAUAGAACCGACACCAGAACCUUCACGUCCACAGCAGAAGUUUCCCAUAUCUCAGCCCAGCCCCACCAGAGUUGAACCUCCUGCUCCUUCCGCACCUUCGUCUACACGUCCAUCUGGAUUUAGCUUUGCACAGCAACGUGAAAAGCCUCAAGUGCUUGAAAAAGCUAGGCCUGAGCAUGAAGGGCCACAGAAAGAGAAUGGAAGAAUUCUUGUUCCCCAGGCUGAGAUCAACAGGAAUUCGGGGACACAGGUGGAGAACUUUAGGAACCAUCAGGGAAUAAAAUCCAAUGGAGCACCAUCAGAAAACUAUCAGUCUUUGAAACCUCAAUCGGAUGCAAUGCAGAGAAAAUCUCCUCAACCCAACUUGCAAAGACCUCCCGAGCCUGAACGGACCACCCAUGGACUGAAUAUGAAAGAAGUGGAAGAGUUAGAGAUGUUGACUCAGCAAUUGAUGCGGGAGAUGGACAAACAGCCGACAGCAGAUUCACAUACCAUGGAUCGCUGUAAAAUAUGCGGCCAGGGAUUGUCCAGGACAGAGACCGUGGUGAGGGCCGGCGAGCACUUGUACCAUGUCCAUUGCUUCACCUGUUCCAAGUGCGACCAGCAGCUACAAGGACAGCAGUACUAUGAGUGUGAGGGGCGGCCCCUCUGUGAGGACUGUUACCAGGACACAUUAGAAUGCUGUGCGGUAUGCGAGAAGAAGAUAACAGAGCGCUUGCUGAAAGCCAUGGGCAAAUCCUAUCACCCUGAAUGUUUCACCUGUGCUGUCUGCAGUCGCCCCCUACAGGGAGAGCCUUUCAUUGUGGAUGACAGUAACCUGCCAUACUGUGUCGCCGAUUACCACAGGAAGUAUGCCCCUCGCUGCUCAGUCUGUGGAGACCCAAUUGCCCCGGAACCUGGACGGGAUGAGACCGUAAGGGUGGUGGCACUGGAGAAGAAUUUCCAUAUGAUGUGUUACAAGUGUGAGGACUGCGGUUUCCCCCUCUCCAUCGAAGCGGAUGACUCCGGUUGCUUCCCACUAGACGGCCACGUUCUGUGCAAAAAAUGCCACACGGUGAGGGCACGGGCUGCUAUGUAACGUCACCUACGUAGGUCACUCCUAGAUACAAGCUCCAGCUUUGUCCACCAAAGACUCUUGGACCGACUGACCGCUCCGUCCUCGUCACUGCUGCUGCUUCUGACGUAGUCCAGUGUUACGGUUUAUUAACCAGUUUACAGCUUCUGCUGCGGAGACUUCUAGAUAACUCCUGGUCGGCCGUCACUUCGCUGCUAACCUCUAGUUAGUACUUUUCGCUUGUCUGCCUGAUCGCCCGCCUGCCACAAAUCGUCUUUUACGUGUUAGUGCCGACUUGCAAUUUUUUUUUAUUAUGUUUUUAUUUUUUAUCUUUUCAUCUUGUGACUGGAGUGGAAACCUCUAUGGACUGAAUGAUUUUUAAUUUUUUUUCCAAUAGUUGAAUCAGCCAGAAAAUCUAAAAUUUGGACUUCGGUAUAAGGUGACCCUAAAGAGCACCCCCCCAACCUCCCUCCCCCAUGAACAAAACAAAAUUGAAAAAAUUUCCAAAAAGUUUUUGAGUUGUCUUUAGGUUUCCGAAAGCCUUGAUAAAUAUCACUUUGCUGUUUUGUUACCACCCAGCAUUUCCAGACCCCUAAACGGCAAGUCUGCUUAGCCAGAAGUGUCACGUUAUGGGGGUCGAGCAUGAUGUUUUACUGGCUAUUGCCCAAUCUUUUACUGGCAUGACAGAAGAGGGUGACUCUUUGUUUUUGGGAAUUUUUUUACAUUUUCAGGGGAGAAAUGCUUUUUCAGUCGCGAGGGUCUCAGCUCAUGUGUUUCCUCCGCUAGCCCCAUAGGCUACCUUUGCUGUGUGUUUCUGAGUUACUUACUUUUUCUUUUUGCACAUUUCUUACCAAAAAUAGAUUAAAUGAGGCUUAAAAAAAACAAAAAAAGAAGAAAAAAAAAUAAACGCAGAAAAAAGCCAUUUUAUAGAACAACUAUCAGGUAACCUGAGAAUAACGGCACAGAGUUUACAGGAACUUGGCUGUAGUGUCCUGUGAACCCCUGUUCAUAGAGAGGACCAUAUAUAGGACCAUAUUUUUUUAAGUGACAUUGUUUUUGUUAACGAUAAAACUACCCAUUAAAAUAAAACGAAAAACAAAAAAAAUUCAUUGUGUAUUUAGAUUUUUCU